CUAUCUCCGCAGUUGAAAAAAGCCUGGGCAUUUGCAACCAUAAUUAUACAGAAGAGAUUCUGUAGUUUGACUGGUACAGUUGUGUCCGCACCUCACCAGUGCCGUCAAGGAAUAUUCGGAGUAGGAACUAGCUGUAGGAGACAAUGAAGCUGUUAUUUUGUGGUAUCUGCCUGUUCAUGGUAGUGGGAUGCUUUGCUCAGGAUGAUCGUCCAACAGAUCUACCAGAUGCUCCUCCAGUAGAAGAAAGCCCUGAGCCAACAGAACCACCUUAUGUAGAUCCAUGUGAGGGUAUAACCUGUGAGAAGGGCCAGCUAUGUCAGGAUGAUGACAAGGAUGGAAAGGGGGAGUGUGUCUGUAAUACGUACUGUGACCCUGUCCCUGACAGAAGCAGGUACCAGUGUUGCAGUAACCAGGGCGAGACAUUCCCCAGCCUAUGUGCCCUUGAGCGUGACCGUUGCCUUUGUGAGAAGGGACAUGCAGACUGCAAGAAGAGUCAAAGGAAGAAUGCGGAACUUGCCUACUAUGGAGCUUGUAAUGCGAACAGGCAAGAGUGUACGGAUGAUGACAUGGACUUGUUCAUGGAGCGUAUGUUUAGGUGGUACCCACUUGCUCUGUAUGACAGGGCCCGUGCUGGCACGCUGACCUUUGCUGAAUUAUCCCUUGCUCGCCGUGUGGCCCGUAACAGUGACAUAGAGAGUCAGUACUCGCUCUCUUCUCAGUGGCUUUUCUGUAACUUUGAUGCGGACAAUGAUGGUAAGGUGACCCGUGAUGAGAGUUUGAUCUUCACAGCCCAGCUCCAGCCCUUGGAAUCUUGUGCAUCCAAGUUCAUCCUCGGUUGCGACACAAGUGGCGACAAGGUGUUGGCAUAUUCUGAGUGGCAGAAGUGUCUCGGUUUGGAAGGUGAUGAAAUGAUUGACCUCUGUGCCGACCUUGCCAGAGAGAACGGAGACAAUCCAGAGGCCAAGAAGAAGUAAGGUGUCUGAAGAAGGAAUUUAACCUAUUUUGGAUUUGUACAGGAUUUGUGGCAUUUCUUGCACAAUAUUUUUGUACGACCUGCAUUUCUACUUAACUCCGCCUUUUCCUUUUUUUUCCAAUCGAGGGAUUUGAUGAUGUCUAUACAUGUACAUGAUUUAUAGUAUUUACCUGAGGAAUUGAAGGUGCACUUCAAUUUUCUGAAUUGCGGAGUGCCCGCCUAUAGAGAGAUACAGGUUCCAAUGGAAGUUUGAUUAAUCCUUAAUCAAGUCAUAUUAUGCCCUCAUUGGCUGCUUUAUCAAAUCAAUAGUAUCAAAAAUAUUGCUUGUUAUAUAUAAUAAUUCUCAAAAUUUGUAUCAAAAACAGUACUUCUGAUCUAAUUUCAUUUCAAAAUUUGUGCUAUGAUGAAGUCAUUCACAUUUCAGAUUCUUGAAAAGGAUUUUUUCAUCCAAAAUGUAUACAUAUAUGUAAUGGAACAGCCUGGGUGCAGACAGAAUUGGUGCUACAUUUUGUAAAUUUCCUCAAUAUGAAUUUUAAUUUGAAAAUCACAACGCAAUAUGGUGCUAAAUGUUCAUAAACUUCAAUUAUUUUGUCAUUUUAAAACUGGAUUCAACAGAACAGUGUACAGCAUUAAAACACUAUUCAAGAACUCACAUUUCAUUUUUUUCUCUUUAUUUUUAUGUCCUCAGUUUAGAGAGGUCACAGCACGCUCAUGAAUAUCAAUAUAAUUGCACCUCGAUGUCCAUAGCAGCCUGUAUUUAAAGCAUGGAGUGCUUAUGUUGUUUUGAGGGGCAAGCAUUACUAUGAAUCCAGAUUGAAUGUAUUGAAACUGUUCAAUUUGUGAUCUCUCACACAUAAUCAGAUUUCUGAAACUCAGAUUGGUUGCACUUGAUAAGAUUUCAAAAUGAUGUCUACAAAUAUUUUAAGUGAGAACAUGGUUCAAGAUGAUUGUGUCGAGAGUCAGAAUAACAUUUUUUAACAAAUCAAUCCUGUACAGUGAAUAGAGGUUCUUUCCUCCUCGAAUAAAAACAAUAAAGCACA